AUGUUUAAUACAAGAUUAUUUCGUAAAAAUAAAAUUCAAACUCCCGCUAUCCCUAAACGAAUUUCCCCAGGACACAAGCGCACAAGAUGGGAAAUCUUCACCGAGGGCGGUAUCGACGUUUCUCCUGACCUGUGCGGUUUUCCCCAUAUAAGUAAAAUCGAUGGGGCGCGAGGGCUUGUUCACGUUGACGAUGACUCUCCCAGCACAUCUCCAUCUCCAGAAAAUGAACUGAACGACUGUGAUAGCUUAAAGGACUCAUCGUCUGGCUCAAACGUGCAACAAUGUAGAUCACAAACCGACAAAGAAGAAUCUCAAACGGUAGAAUGUUUCUCCAGAGGCGUACUGACGCCCCCUUGGAAAGGCGAAAGACGACGCAGAAAACUACCAGAAAUACCCAAAAAUAAGAAAUCAGCUAUUGUGAAUAUGUAUAACGCACAUCACCAUCAACUAUCGCGCGACUUAUCGCUGGCAGACGAAAUGGGCGGAAUCGGUUCGGCUGGUUCCAGCGGUCCCAGUUCCAUGCUGGUACUAAAAUGCGGAUAUUUAUGGGACGAUUCUCCCGAAUCAGACAGAUUGCUAACUGACGCCGACAGUGGUCAUUCGACAGCCCAUUCUCCAACGGGCACCGAUGGUCCGAAAUCCAUGUCUCCCUUGAUGGGCAGCAGCCCUUCGAUGGUCGGGGGGAUGAUUUACAAUGACGUAGAUAUGCUGGAAGCGACACACAGGGCGUUGCAUAAGUUUGUACCGCGACACGAAGACGAAAUCGAAUUGGAAAUCGGCGAUCCGGUUUAUGUGCAGAAAGAAGCUGACGAUCUAUGGUGCGAAGGAGUAAAUAUGAGGACAGGCAGAAUGGGCAUAUUUCCAUCAGCGUACGCAGUAGAUAGUGAUUUUAGCGAUUGGGAUUCUGCCACGGACCACGGAAGACGAGAACGAUAUCUUUUAGGCUAUUUAGGUUCUGUGGAAACGUUAGCCCACAAAGGCACUUCCGUGGUGUGCCAAGCAGUACGACGCGUUAUCGGUACUAAUACCACCGAGCCCGAAGUACAGCCUUGCACUUUGGAAGUUUCCGAUCAAGGCCUGAGGAUGGUUGAUAGACGAAAACGAGAUCAAAAUGAGCCUUGCAUAGACUACUUCUACUCGUUAAAAAACGUCAGUUUUUGUGCGUUUCAUCCACGCGAUCACAGGUAUUUAGGUUUUAUCACUAAACAUCCAACUUUGCAAAGGUUUGCUUGUCACGUAUUCAGAGGACCAGAUUCUACAAGGCCUGUAGCUGAAGCUGUUGGGCGUGCUUUCCAGAGAUUCUAUCAGAAAUUUAUAGAGACUGCAUAUCCGGUAGAGGAUAUUUAUAUAGAGUAAAUUCUUAUGUGUUUUCAAGUAAUAAUUAUACUAAGAAGACAUCUCGCAAAUGAGAACCAAAUAAGUGCUUGAUCUCUAUAUACCUUACUUACUUUUUAUGUGUGGCAAGUGUAUAAGGAAAUGUUCUUCAUAUGUAUAAAACGUCAAUCUUUUUGUAAAAAGUUAAGCAAUUUUUCUAUUGAGUAUAGGAUUUGUUUUCUUCCAAAUUCCCAAUAAUUUAUAAUUUUCAUAUCAUAACUGCUUUAAAAACCAAAUAAGUAUUUAUUAUAAGUAAAUAGAUGCCUAGGAAAAAACUUUUCUCUGCUGUCUUGUUUUAUGGAAUUUUAAGUAAUAAAAGGCUUGAUUAUUGUUUAUUGAAAAAUGUGUAGAUAAAAUGUAUUUUUGUGACAGGAAGAUAUAAUACGACAGAAAGUAGCUAAGUAGGUAUUAUUAAAACACUUUGAAUAUUUUGUUUGUCUUAGUAGGUUCAAUAUUUUAUAGGGCUGCGAUAAGGACAUAAUUGAUUGAAUGUGAGAUUUUUGAAAUAUUUUUGAUACAUCCGUCAUCUGUGAAGUUUUUAGUGAUUUUGAUUUUCCUUUAUACUAUGGUGCAAUUUUGUUUGGUUUUUAAGUUUGUAUUGCUAAUAUAUUUUGUUCAUCAGAAA